AUGACUGGCUGGCGGGUUGCAGUCUACGAGGCGCGCGACAGGGUCGGCGGCCGCUGCGCGGGAGGCACUCUCGGCGGCAUUCCGGUUGAUCUGGGGGCCGAAUUCUCGCACGGGCGAGGCCCAGUCUUUGACCUGUGCGCUGCUGCGGGUCUCGCGCCUCCACGGCCGCUUGUCGACUACGCGGAGGACGCACCAGAGGCGCUCCGCGUGCGGCUCUACUCCGACGGCGCUCUUGUGGAUGGGAAUGGCCGCGACGUGGCCGCGACGCUGCGGAUGCGUGAGUGCUGGGACGACGUGCUCUGCGACGACUCGUGGGCGAGCGAUGCUCGCGCCGACACGACGUUUGCGGACCUGGCCUCGACGCUGCCGCCCUCGGCGCAGCGCGCGAUGGACGCCUUCAUGGCGGUCGAGUAUGCGACGAGUCUCGAGGACCUCGGCGUCAAGGAGUGGCGCCGGCGCGAGCACUUCUUCGAUGCGCGAGACUGCUCCACCGAUUUCCACAUGGAGGGCCAGCCGGUCGGCGUCGUGGCGGCGAGCGAUGGCUGCGUCAGAGUCGACGGCGAGGCGUUCGAUUGCGCGGUCGUCACCGUGCCCCUCCCGGUACUCGCCUCGGGAGCCCUCGGUCUGCGCGGCGUCCGGUGCGGCUUGCUCGAGGCGGCGCGGCGCGUCAAGUGCCACGGCGCGUCCAAGGUGAUGCUGCAGCUGAGCCACAAGGUCUGGGAGAGGAGGAGUGGGGAGCCGGCGACGGAAGGGCGGUGGGGCGAGCUGCUCCUGUGCAGCGACGAGGAGAGCUUUGCGCGGCAGGUGUGGCUGCGUGAGGCGGCGGGCGGCGUGUUCAUCGCCGCUGGCUUCUUGGCUGGGCCUCGCGACUCCGCCCUUUGCGAGGCGCUCACGACGGAGGAGGCGGCGGAGAGGCUGCUCGGCCAAUUGCGCGCCGUCUACGGGAUGGGUGAGGAGCUGCAGGCCCUCGAUGCGAUCAAGGUGGACUGGGGUUCGGACCCAUUCUCGCAAGGCGGCUACACGUCGCCGUCCGUUGGCGGCUGCGGCGUCUGGCGCGAGCUCCGAGACAGCGGGUGCGACCGGCUGCUCCUCGCCGGCGAGGCCGUGGGCGAGAGGGGGUCGACCGUAUGUUCGGCGCUCGAGUCGGCGGAGUGGGCGGCGGCAAGGCUCGAUCGCACGUUCGGAUCGCGGGCCGUCGCGGACUAG